AUGGCGAAAGGCAAGAAAGAAAAUAUGAGCGACGAGGAGAAGGAAAUCGACAUUGAAAGUGACGAGGUAAAUUGAUUAUUGUAUUUUUAUGACUUUGCAAGUUGUUUAAGCAUCGUUCCGUUUAAAAACUGUCUGAUUAUUUUGUAGGAGGCAGCUGAAAAUGGCGAAGAACCGCAGUAUAUGUCGCAGGUAUACCCUAUGUUUUGGUGUCAAAUUGCGUGCAAACUACGUCCACAUGGCUUUAGUAGGAAAACACGUGUCGAUGUUUUGAGGGGCUCCAUUUUUCUUAGAUCCGUUUCUAGGUGAUUUUUUUGACUGUUGAGAUUCAUAACAAAGAAAUUUUUACUUUCAAAAUCUGUAAAAUAUUCCAGAUUUCAAGGGAUUUUCCCUCGUCCAUCGCCGUCACGCUAUUAUGGAACUUUGCCCAAAUUGACAAAAUUUGGUUCUCAGGAUUUGAAUAUUUUAUGAGGAGCGAAUGCCCUAUUCUAUCUGCAAGGUAGAUUUUCCUGUCGGUUAGUUUUGCACUUUCACGGAUGCAUGAUUCGCUUUUAUUUUAGGCCGAUAAGCGAGCACAUCACAACGCUCUCGAGAGAAAGCGACGAGAUCACAUCAAAGAUAGCUUCGCUCAUCUUCGCGAUUCUAUACCUUCGCUUCAAGGGGAGAAGGUAAGAUUCUGAAAUUUUUUAUUUAUUUCAUUUCUUGUGGGAUGCUCCUAAAACAAACUGGUAUCAGUGACAAAACUAUCAGCUGUUCAAAUUGUCAGUUUGUUGUAGCGCACUUUGGAUUUACAGUAAUUUGCUAACGGUCAAAAUUGCGUGGUGAAAUGGUUUCCUCGAACAGUUAGACUUAAGCUUUGCAUGGUCUUGUUCACUAAGUUAAGUGUCGCUCUUAGAUCUAAUUUUCGUUCUCUGGAAAGAAUGAUUGUAGUUUUGCUCCAUAUGAUAAAGAUUUGCGUGAUACUGUGUUGUCAAGAGGGGUCAUUACUUGUUUUAUGCAAAAUAUUUUACGAACUGUGACCGACGUGCCUAGACAGACAGCCAGACGGACAUUAUUUUGUAAUUCCUUAAAUACAUUACUUCCCCAAGUGUCCUCAUUGGUUGAAAAUCAUGCAUUCACAGUUAUAACUGCAUGACGAACAUUUUUCUUUCUAUCACAUCCUGUCUUUCUCUUACCUUUUUGGGACAGCAUGGGCAUUUUUUAGCAGAGGAAAGCCACUCCUCUUGUGAAGGGGGGUUGAGGUGGCUUUAAUUCUAUGAUUCUGAGAUGAAAUGAUGAUAAUAAUAGUAGUAUAUGCAGUCACUGAGGUUACUAUUAAAACUGCCAUUCUUGCUUCCACUCAAAUGCUGGCUACCCAAAAUAGAGCACCAUUUAGAUGGGGUUUAUGCAUGUAUGUCCCUAGUUUGAAUAUCAAAACCAGUUAUCUUGUGUAUCGAGGAGGAAGCGUUGUCCCUGUUGGUUUUUACCAUUGUCUUUGUGCUUUUUUUGUUGCUGUCAUAUUUUUGACCCAUCAUUGUAUUGUUUGUCACCAUUUCUGCCUGUCUUAUAUCACUAUUUCAUAGCUAUGUUGCUGGGUGGAAUUAUGUCCUUACAGGUCCUCAGAAUACAACUGUUAACCCUUUAAGCCCCAAUAUCCACAUACAAAUUCUCCAAACUGAUCUUUAUGUAUUUCCUUAAAGAAUGAGUUGAGAGAAUUUGAUAAAAGAUCAAAGAAUUUUCUCUUUGUUGAUCAUUUUAUUAAUUCUCAUAACCUAAUCUCUUGACAAUGUAUGGAUAUCAUUAGGAGAAAAUUGAUGUUGGUCACUAGUGGGACCUAAAAAGUUUAUAUGGCCAGAUAUCUCUAAACUACAAUAGAAAAGGUGAUUCUGUUAGCUGGGAACACACCAUAAUGUUAUAUUUCCACUUCAGGUUAAAAAAAACCUUUAAAAUUGAUUCCCAGUAGUUUAAACUAAAGUUGGUCGAUAUGAUUUCUUUACAGGCUUCAAGGGCUCAAAUUCUUAAUAAAGCCACAGAUUAUAUCCAGUUCAUGAGAAGAAAGAAUCACUCUCACCAAGUAAGUGCAAUCAUUGUUUGUGACUAGCCAUAACUGCCUUUUCAUCCAAGGUUAAAAUUAAGUAUGAAACAGAAAAGUACAUAUGUGUUAAAACUAAUAAAAUGGACAAAUUUAAGAAGAAGUGGGCUCUGCCUUUGGACUCUGUACCCUAGUGUCGUCUGUACUUAGAACAUAUUUUUCUUUUUUUUUUUGUAUGGUUACUUUACCGUUUAAUUUCAUAUUGUAAUGUAAUGUCAUGUAUUUGUAAUUUAUUGUAAUGUAAUAUAUCAUGCAUUAACGUUAGUAUUGUAAUGCUGUGGAGUAUUUAAUAAAAGUGCGAUAUGAAAAAAAAAUCGUUGUUUGUGAACAGAAUGAUAUAUUUAUUAUGUUAUUAAUAUUAUUAUUAUUGUAGUUUUUUAUUCUUGUACCAGGAGCCUGAAGUGAAACUCGAAAUAUUCUCAAAUAUUCUGGGUCAGUAAAUACUAAACAGUAAGGGUUGAAUUUUCAGGCUUUGCAGUAAUUUGUGUUGAUUUUUUUGUUAGACUGAUAUAGAUGACCUUAAAAGACAGAAUGGUAUCCUUGACCAGCAAGGUACAGCCUCCUGUAAAAUUACUUGUACAAAACGUUUGUUACAGUAGUUGGAACUUUACUAUUGCCCUGCUCUUGUAGCUGCAGCAAGGCUGUGCUCUAAGGAAAAUUGAAGGAAGCCCAAUGCUCUGAGCCUGUAAAACACUAAGAUUUUUCCCAGGGGCAAAAGUUGGGUGCCAGGGGCCACCAGGCUCUGCUAGCCAGAGCACAGCCUUAUCCAGUACAGAGGCCCUGCCGGGGUAAAUUCCGUCAAGCAACAUGGUCCAAAAAGUAGCAACAGCGCAUAAAAUGAAAUCGCGACAAGAGACAACCUCCCUCGGCCAAAUUGCGACUGUGACGGCAAAGCCGACAAUAAGCAACAAGCAACAAGCAUUUAUAUACACUGACAUGAGACGUUUUAAAAUUCAGACGGGCGACAUGGGACCCCCCCCCCAGCAGGGCCUCAGUACAGCGUUGUGUUGACUUCGUUCAUAGCUGUAUUUUCUGUGGUAUUAUUGCUACAUUAUAUUCUGAAAUAUGGGAAACACAGGCUUGUUAAGCUGAGUAUUGUUAUAUUUUCCCUUUGCCAUAGUUCGAGCACUGGAGAAAGCAAGAAAUUCAGGGCAACUGAGUAUUGAUGCCACAACUGCCCUUUUGACAUCAACUGACAACCUCCUUAGCUCUUCACCAACAGGGGAUGGAUUGCUAGAAGGGACGCUUAAACAGGACCCCAGCUCACCUCUGAAUAACAAUGCAGAGAUAACAUCGGAUGAUGAGUACAGUAACAGAGCGAAAAGGAGGAAGCGUGAUGUGUAACGUGUCGUCAUUUAUAUUUAAAUUUCUUAGCAACUGUAUUUAGCUUAGCAGAUUUUUUGCUAUUAUUUUAUACCCUACCACUUUCAUUAGUAGCCAAAGUCAACAAAAAAAGAUAUAUAGGACGUCUGGAUCAGUGUAGAUUUCUUGGAAACUGAACACCUAUCCCUCCCCUAAGCCAACAUUGGCACUUGGGGAGGGGUAGGUGGGCAGUUUCCCAGAAACCUAAACAGUCUUGUUAUUUAAAUUUCCACACUAAGAAAUUCAUGGGCGGGGUCUAGAGUGUGGGUCACUGUUCCCUAGAUAAAUUACCAAAAAACUCAGACUCCCCUCGAUCUAAUAGAGCAUUUUGUUAAGAGAUUAGGGCUAAGAGACACUUUUAAUAUUAUUCAUUUAUCUGUAUAAAGGUGACCUGUACUCUGACCUGUGGAAAAGUGACCUGUAUUUUAGACCGACUGAAAAUUCAUGCAUAUGCAAAUAAGAAAUUUUAAGCAACUUUCAUUAUCAUUCUACGCUCUCUUCUGAGUGAUCAACAUCAACGUUCUCCUUAUAAAGAUUAUCAUUAUUUAUAUUAGAGAGGAUAUUGAGAAUUCAGGAAAAGGAUCAUUCAGGUCAGAUUCUCUUUACCUAGCUUUCCUUGAUACUUCUAUAAGAGACCAGCUUAAGGGCUUCAAAAAGGAGAACAAGUAUUUUAAUAUUGAAAGUCCAAAAGUUUCAAGAUUGUUUUCUAAACUGGAUUGAGGGGCUUUGAUAUCAUUUAAACAUACACUUCUGUGAAAGUUUCAGUUUUAGGUACAAUACAAAAGGUUAUGAUAAACCAGUGAUGGAUCUUAGCGGAGGGAACUAUAUGGCCAGGGCGUUGAAGCCCCCAGGACUGAAACAAAAAUUUUAUCUUCCUGCAUCCUUCUUCCCUAAAAGUUUUGAUAAGGUUACUGAAUUCUCCACUGGAUGCAACAUGAAAACAACAGUCAAUGCUUGUCAUCCAUUGUACUACUCUACUUAAAAUAAGUUGAAAUGGUGACUUUGCAUUCAAAGCAUAUAUCAGGUAGCAGUUAUUCACCAGAUCACUCCCCUGGAUCUGGCACAACUAUUUGAACAUCAUCCUUAUCAACCAAGCCUGAAUCAUUGUACUGUUUUCAGUUACGUCUGAAAAUAAUGACAUCAAAUGUUCAUACAUUUAGGUUUGUUUUCUUUAAUACAGUCAACUCUUUUGAAUGUAGCGGCAUGGUAAAUGACUUGUUUUGACUGCGAAGGUGUACUUUGAGGUUUCCACCCUUAGAGAGCUGUCUCACUGUUAGAUGGUUUGAUUACAGUGACGUUGAUCAAAAGAAUUGGUCAGAGUCAGUCUGUUAUUGAUAUCCAUCUUAGAGAUGGGCCAUGAGUGUUCUCUGUUCCACCAAGGCAGGGCUAAGGCGCCGUGAGGGUUUACUGCAUCGAACCUGUUCUGCACCUCAAGAGUUGAUUCUAUUUCUAUUUAACUUUAUUUCUUUUUGUUUGUGUACA